GGGGAUGGCGUCUAUCAGAAGGGGAUGGAUUUCAUCCUGGAGAAGCUCAACCGCGGGGACUGGGUGCACAUCUUCCCUGAGGGCAAGGUGAACAUGAGCCAGGAAUUCAUGCGCUUCAAGUGGGGGAUCGGGCGACUCCUGGCCGAGUGCCGGCAGCACCCCGUCAUCCUGCCCCUCUGGCACGUCGGUCUGAACGAUGUGCUGCCCAACACCCCCCCGUAUGUGCCCCGUGUCGGCCAGCGGAUCACUGUUCUCAUCGGGAAACCAUUCAGCGUCCGGCCCGUGCUGGAGCGUCUCCAGGCUGAGAACAAGUCAGCGGUGGAGAUGCGCAAGGCGCUGACGGAUUUCAUCCAGGGCGAGAUCCAGGCGCUGAAGGGCCAGGCCGAGCGGCUGCAUCAGACGUUCCAGUGGCAGAGAUAGCCCGGGGGGUGGGGGUGUGUGGCUGGCCUCCCUGCCCCACAACUCCACCCCACACACCGGCCUCCCUGCCCCACAGCUGUGCUCCACAUGCAUGCUGGCCCCUCCCCUCUUCCCCACAUGGUGGCGGGCCGGCCCCUCCCGCCUGAUACUUCUGCCCCACAUGCCGGCGGGCCGCUCCCCUCUGCCCCACACGUCAGCAGGCCGGCCCAUCUUCCCCGCCCCACUCACUAGCAGGCUGGCACCUCCCUGCUCGACACCUCUGCCCCACAUGCCAGCCGUCUGGCCCAUUCCCCCCUCCCCCCCACCCUACUCACCGGCAGGCUGGCCCCUCCCAAUCUGACACCUCUGCUCCACAUGCUGGCUCCUCUCCUCUGCCUCACAUGCCAGCCAGCUGGCCCAUUCCCUGCCCCACUCGCUGGCUGACCGGCCCAUCCCCGCCCCCCGUGAUAGGAGAUUGCCCCAUUGCUGGGGCUGCCCCUCACCCGCCAUGGGGCAGGGUCUGGCUGAGCAGCCCACAUCUGGGAACCGCCUGGAAGCCAUUGGAGCCUCCUGUCCCCCUGGACUCUUCCUGUGGCCCCCCCGGACCCUACCAGUGAAGGCCUUACAAAGGGAGGGCAGCCCCUGAGGGGCUGCUGGCCACACCCCAUCCAAGCUGUGGGGGCCCUGCUGGGUCAGGCUGGAUUGGAAGGGGUGUUUCCUCCUGGGGGGGGAAAUACCCCCACCCCCCGACAUGCAUGGGGGUCAAAGUGGGCUGCUGGCUCAACUCCCCUAAAUCAUGCAGAAAGACAAUGACUUGCAUGAGUCAGGAUAGGGGGGCCCCCAGCACCCCCCUUCUCCUGCUCCCUGCAGUCCCUGGCACCCAGCCCUCCCCCCCAUUUUUUUUACUCUGGACUUUUCCAAUAAAGGAUUUUA